UCCCGCCUCUCCGUUCCUCUCCUCACCGGCUCCCCCCAGCUCCGCAUACACCCACCGCUCAUCGCUCUUCUUAGUUUCUCCCACCAACCACCGGCAGCCUCCCUCCACCCCCCUCCGCAGCAGUGUCCUCAGAAGACUCAUUGAGCAAAAGGGGCCAGGCCAUUCCAGCCUCUGGGCAAGGAGCUGCCCAGGCACUGGUGGGCAGGACUGUCACUCAGUGCCAGCUGCCUUAGACAUAGGCUCCCUGGAGAGAGGUGGGCGGGGCUCCUCCUCAACACCCUCCUGUGUCUAACUCAAAGUCUGUGAGUCACUGACUGCACAACCCAUCAAUCCUAUUAAAUGCCUUGUGCAGGCUGGCUGGCAGGCGGUGUGGCCGCCGCCGCCGCCGCUGCUCCCUGAACACGGGCUCCUCCUGCUUCUGUUACCUCAGCCUUCCUCCCUGUGCACCGGCUGCUCCUGCUGGUGUCGCCUCCUCUCUCGCUUUGCUGAUACAUGGCUAGGUGGUUGUACUUGUUACAGUGUCACAUCCUUCUUUAGAGCUGCAGCGCCAACUUCCCUCCCAGAUAGUCUCCCUCUUUGGCAGAGAGACUACUGCAAAGUGAUGGGAUAGAGGAGCAAAAGCCACUUCAGUACCUGGGGCUCCUGUAUUUUAUUCAUUCUCAGCCUGGAUCCCCACCCCCUUACUCGUCUUCAUACCACACCCCUUCCCCCCUUUAAGUCCCUUCUUGCCUUGCUUCUUUUACGUGGUUGUUCUCCCCCCCACUCCUCCCCCCUUUCCCCUUUAGUUUAUUCUUCCCUUUUCUCCGUGUCUUAUGAAUCUGGAUUGUUGAAUUCUUCUGGAAAGGAUAUAUGUUGGGGAAAGGAGGAAAACGGAAGUUUGAUGAGCAUGAAGAUGGGCUGGAAGGCAAAGUGGUGUCUCCUACUGAUGGUCCAUCUAAGGUGUCUUACACCUUACAGCGCCAGACUAUCUUCAACAUUUCCCUUAUGAAACUUUACAACCACAGGCCAUUAACUGAGCCAAGCCUGCAAAAGACAGUUCUAAUUAACAACAUGCUGAGACGAAUCCAGGAGGAACUCAAACAGGAAGGCAGCUUGAGGCCUGUGUUCAUUACCACUUCACCACCGACAGAUCCUCUUGGAGACAACUUCCGAGAGGCCCAACCUGCCUUUAGCCAUCUGGCCUCUCCGCCAGUCCACCCCACGGACUCAGCAAGCACUACACCUUUGGAGUCUUGCCUCACCCCUGCCUCUCUGCUUGAGGAUGAUACUUUUUGCACUUCCCAUACUAUGCCACAAGAUGGUCCUACAAAACUACCACCUCCAACUAUCCAACCAGUAAAGGACAGUUUCUCCUCUGCCUUGGACGAAAUUGAGGAGCUCUGUCCAACACCUACCUCCACUGAGGCAGUAGUAGCUGCAGCAACAGCAGAAACAACGGCAUCAGACAACUCUAAGGAGAACUCCAGUGCAGCCAGCAGUCAGAAGCCUGAUGGAGUCCAGGAGAACCGAAUAAAUGAACCUAAACUCAUGGACUCUUUACCUGGUAAUUUUGAGAUCACCACAUCUACAGGUUUCCUUACAGACUUGACCUUGGAUGAUAUUCUCUUUGCUGACAUUGAUACUUCAAUGUAUGAUUUCGACCCUUGCACAUCUGCUACUGGGGCUGCCUCAAAAAUGGCUCCUGUUUCUGCAGAUGACCUCCUAAAAACUCUUGCACCCUAUAGCAGCCAACCAGUAACCCCCAAUCAGCCUUUCAAAAUGGACCUUACAGAACUGGAUCAUAUAAUGGAGGUGCUCGUUGGGUCUUAAAAAAAUUAUAGCAAAUUUUUAAUGUACCAGUAUAAACACUUGGUAGUAUUUUCAAAACCUGUUCCCUCCUUCCAAAUACACACACACACACACACACACACACACACACACACACAGAGUUACUCACACAACACAUACAAGUGGAGCACCAUGCAUGCGUCUUUGCUUGUCUUUUUUUUUUUUUUAAUUUAAAGAAAAGGAUCACACUAGUUUUUGCUUCAAGCAGAGUCGGAGUGCCUUCAUCCAUGUAUGACCACUUUUAAUGUAUUUUUAAAAGUGGUUCCUCAAGGGAGAUCUGAAAUCCUGAUAUAGGGAAAAAUGCAUAUGGUAGACAAUAUUAAGAUGUUUGACAAAAAUUGAAUUGUAAAAGCUAAGCACAAGGAUUAUGUUGGGGAAAAGCUGUAAAUUGCAUGUGCAUAUUUGUCUAUUUUUUCUAUAAGUUUUAUUGCAAGAGUUUAAAAUAUUAUUUAGAUAAUCGCAGUAUCUUUUUGGCAUUUUAGCCCUGUCUAGGUUGACUUAGUAAUUCAGCCUUUUUAGAGGUAUUAACUGUUCCUCUUUAAAUGUUGCAUUUACAUGGCUCUUUAGAAACUGCUACCCAAAUUUAUUUUAUAUUUUUGUACAGAUUCUGCAAUUUAUGAUAUUGGGGUCUUUUCUUAAAAAAACAAACUAAAAAACAAAAAACAAAAAGAGGAAAACAAAAACAAAAUGCUGUUUAUACACACUCAAAAAAGGAAAUAGCUAUUUUGGUAGGAUUUGCUCACCUUGUUCCUGCAUACACCUUCUGAUGUACAAGAACUGCUUGUAGUUUUAUACAGACUUGUAGUGUUUUAUAUGCUUAUAUGGUGCAAAGAGAAAAUUGGAUCAAAUCAAUCUGCAGUUGGCCUCCCUGAAUCCAGACACAUAUGCUUGAAGGAAAAGGCCAAGGGCGCUUCCCUUAAAAGUUUCACAAAUAUUUGCUCCCUGCUGCGUACUACUGUGAUUAACAAAAACCUUAGAGCCAUGUAUAUCUCAACACUGAUGUCAAACAGUUGGCAGGAAAUAGCUGUGAAACUUCAUUCUGAUUAAACUCCCUUCUUCUCCUCUCUCUGCUCCCCACCAAAACACAAAGAUCGAGGCUAUUGAAAUGAGGAGCGGGGGGGGGGGGGGGCAAGAUCUUGAUCUCGGCAGUCUUUUUCAUUUUGAUCAAUAGUCAAUAGCCACACUCCAGCCCAGAGUUUAAGCCCACUGAAGUCAAUGGACGCAAGUGUGCAUAACUGUGUUGGAUUGUAGCCAUUGUACUUGUGUCUAGUUUUAGAACAUUAUGACUUUCUAAGCGGUAAUCGUUUUUAAAUGGAAACAUGCCUACAAUGAGUCUAACAUUUUUUUUUGUUUUUUUAAAGAAAAUAUUUCUUUUUGGCUGCAUAUUCACUACACUUACUUGAAAGUAAGUUGCACUGAAGUCAGUGGAACUUCCUUCCAAGGAAAUGUGUAUCGUACGGGGGUGGGGAUAUCUUUCUUGUCGUGUAAUUUAUAAUAUACCACAUGCCUUUGAAUCAGUCUUAUGACUCCCGUUGCCCUUUCUUGGAACAUACUGCUCUUCACUGUGUUGACAAAGUGGUGGCGGGUGGGAAAGGCAACUUCAGUAUUACUGCAGUGAAAUCAUCUCUUACGGGCACUGGAUGGACUCAUUUAAGGAUCCAUUGCUGUCAGAACUGGAGCCAGUCACGUUACAAAUGCUUGGCCUCUUCUCUAGGGUUCAUUUCUUGAAUCAACUGCAUUAUCUGCUUUACACUUUAUAUGGCCUGUUUUAUGAUGUAUAGACAAAUGCAACUCUCUAUGCAUGUUUCCUCCCCCGCCCACCCAAAGUCUCCUCAUUACUGCACCUGUUGCCAUUUUUUUCUUCUGUAUUCAUUGUGAUGUACAUUUAUUUUAAAGAAAACUUGCAAUGUUAUCAUGCCUGUUGCUGAAAUUGCUAUGGCAUAUUACUUUUAAAAUGGUACUUAAUUAAGUGCAGGAUACAAACUAUAUUGUUGAUAUACAUAUGGCUUCUUUAGGAAUAACUUUUAUAUUUAUUUAACAAAUUUUAAAUUAUGUUUUAUGUAAUUUGGCAAUACUCAGUCAGUUCUGCUCACUUCUUGUCAUGGAUGAAAAAUUGGGUCUUGUCUGCCUUUAAGAAGGCAGCUUUAUAAAACUGGCACUUUAGAACAGGCCAUAUAUAUAUUUAUUUAAAAUACAUAUAAUGUAUUACAUAUGAUGCACGCCACACACAGCUUCACAUCCCACUACAGACUAAUGGCAAUUAGAGGAUUGCUUGUCAAACUAAAUAUAUUAUGCAUAAUUAUCAAUUAAAUCAAUUUAGUAUCUUGAAAAGUUUCUCACUAAAAUAACUGCUCGAAUUUGAUUGUCCUUGUAAAAGACACAUUUCCCCAUUACUUUUAAAAACAAACAAACUGGAGCAUUCAGAACUCUAACCACAAGUUGUACGAGCUAAUUUAGAUUGUUAGCUUCUUGGGGCAGGGACUUUAUCCUGCUUUGUUCCAUGGGAAAACGCCAUGUAUACUGAAAGUGCUGCAUAAAUGAUAGUUCUGAAAUAGCCUGUCACAGAAAGCCGUCUAGUGGCACAGCUCAGCCUUACAAAGAACACCACAAAAAUUACCAGCCCACAGAAAUUGUGACUAGCCCAUCCAUACCAGCGAUUAGUUGUUUAUGACACUGUGAUUUGAAAAGGGGAAACUUUAAAAAAAACAAAAACUUUUUCACUUUACAAAAGCUUCCCUAGCAGAUCAUUUGCAGGUGUUGCUUAUGUGCCCCAGGCAACCAGCUGAGUGGCUGUUUACAAGCUUUGGUACUGAUAUUUAAGAAUAGAGUGUAGUUACCUGCAGUGCCAGGUAACAUCAGGCUAUGGCACUGGCACAGCUCAGCAGGUAUGCUUCCUGAAAGACAUCUUUAGUGGUGCAAUCUCAGGGUCAGGCUAAUGUGCAUGUAACAACAAAGAUUGUUAAGGAAAAUGGCAGUGUAAAAACCAUAGGGUUUACCAGAGUUUAGAAUCUGAUAUUACACUAACUUAAAAAACAACUGGCCUCUUCUUUGGGUCUAGCUAAUUGUGUAUUUAAAUAAGUACCAUAUGUUGGGCAAGAGUUCAGAUGAAAGCCAUUUUUACAGCAAGUUGCUGUUUUUCAAAAGCUAGACUUUACUAUGUAAAAUAAAUCCACUUGAAACUUUGCAGCUGAACUCAGAGCCUUGAUAGAAGAUGAUUUGGGGUAAAUUUAUGCUAUAGAAACAGGCAGUUCAACCGACUACCCUGUAAAAAGAUGUACCCAAAUGACCAGUGCUUCUUAUUUUGCAUUGUAGUCUUUGGAAAUACCAAGUGAAAUACUUUUGCUCUUUGGCGGCCUCUUUCUCUCCCUAGUGUGGCCUCAUCUCUUGAAGGGUCAAAGUUUAACAGGCUAAGGUUUCUCCUCCCUUUCCCCCCUCCCCAACACAUGAAUACCAGGGGAUUUUUAUUGACACUGAUGUGCAAUGAAGUGACAAGAAGAGAGCAGAAUUAAAAAGAGCUUUUUGAAUUUGAAGUGAUUUUUUCCCAUUUUGUUUUUCAUAAGUUAUUUAUUCCUUUUAUUUUCCUCUGUAAAUAUAUUUAUUUUAUUGUGAAGCUAACAUCUGGAUUGUAACAUGUACAGAAUGUAUGGUAGGAAUGUAUUCUCUUGUAGGAAUGUAAAUCCAUACGAGAGGGGGAUGAAAGCUAGGUUUGGCAAUUAUUAAGUGGGUUCUAUUACAGUUGCACAUCAUUCAUAAAAUCUCUCUUCCCCCUUUCUCUACUGUGGGUAGAGCUGGUUGGGUAGAGUUAUGCAAAACAAAAGUUUAUAAACUUAGUUAUGGAAAAAAAAUCAUUUCAUAUUGUUGGUUAUGUUUUAAAAGGGCCAGAUCCUACUCCUAACAGCCAAGUACGGCCUUGGCUUUUGUGAGAGUUUAUCGCAUCAUCUCCAUUCCUUUUAAAACAAUCUAUUCUCACGCUGGUGGCUUGAGUUGGGUGAGUGUGCUAGGAAAGAAUAGUCAAAGGCCACUGAGUAGCUUUGCUGAUAUAACUGAAUACACACAGGGCAGGUGUCUCUUUCCAGGGAUUCACACAAGCAGAAUGGUACAAGAGUUUCCUAAAAUGGCAUAGCCCAUAGAGAUCAGGGCACUGCAGAAUGAGAGAGUAGGUUCCUGCUAGCUUGCAGAUCAUACAGUUCAGUUAUUAUGACAAAAUAUUCUUCGCUGCACAUGAGAGUAAACACCAUCUGCAUCUGAUCCUUACCCAUUAAAAACAAGAGGUUUGCCAUUUACUUCAGUAAGGUGUGGACUGCACGUUUGCUGAAUCCUCAUCCAAGUGUUUAAGGGUUGUUUUUUUAAGUGCUAAAUUCUGCUUCCAUUUUCAGACUUGAGUGUUGCUUUGGGAAAUCCACAUUGUUUAUGGCCAAGGAGUUAAAAUGGCAAGGGCAGCAGAAGAAGCCAUAAUCAGUUAACCAACUCAGAAUUGGUCUACAGCUUGCACAUAAAAGACAGCAAAAUUGUGUGCUUCAAAAAAUACUCAUUUAGAUGUGUUGCACCAUUAUUUGCACUUUUUAAAUGCUGUCUAGAAGCAAAGGUGCAAGUGUUUAUAGAACAUGAUUGAAAGUGGGCUAUCAAGAUUCAAGCAGACCUAUUGCUGACUGGCAAAUGUUUCCCUUAUAUGCACAUAUCUAGCCAUUGGUAUGUCCACAUAGGAGUGUGUCCAUCCUGCCUGGAUUGCCGCUUGUAACAACUCUAUGAGUCUGGAGGAUGCUGGAUGGCUUCCUGGAAUCAAUGUGCUGUACCUGUGCAUGACAGACAGAGGGAGGAAACCUAUGUGGACAAGAUGACAGGGGUUAUUUUGACCCUUCAAAUGGGACAAAAAGCUGGUUAGUGAGCAAAUCUACUCUCACAAAUCAAAUCUGAGCAUUUGUUUUCAGAGAAAUGUGCUCCAAAUGAGUUUUUGCUGCUCUUCAGAGGAAUUUGCAAGUGCAAGGGCUGACUGUAGACCAAAUUCUGGACUUCUUGAACUAAACAUAAAACUUUCCAUGGUCUUACAAAAGGAAGCUUUAAGCAAGGGUAAAGCAGUGCUGGUGAACACAGGAAACCCAUUAUUCUUUAGGCAUGUGUUUGUGCUCGUUUGAAACUCAGUACAUCAUUUCCACUUUUUAAAAGAGAAGUUGAUUGGCAGAAAGCGAAACGAAAAGACUGCGCCACAGGCUUCCCGAUUUAACAGUCGGAAUGCCCCAGGGUUCUUCCCAGGAGUCUGGACAAUUGUAGUUCUGCGUGGCAAGCCCUGCGAGAUCCUCCUAAAGAAUUCUCAGCAUCCUCUCUGAAAGACAUCCCCGGGUCUUGACUCCAGCCUUCCCUUGGCAGCCGGGAGUCAAGCCAGUAGAAGUGUGUGGUAGAGUAGAUGGACCCUAACUCUCUGUCCUGAAGAUUGGCAUUGCAUGUGCAUCAGGGCUCAGAGUGCUUCUCCCACGGUGAAGAACAAAUUACUUGUUCAAGAAAGGACAUUUCCUGGCCUGACUGUGAUUGUAGGUGUGCAGUCCUCCACUCUGCUUCCAUGUCUUUGAAUUGGGGUGAGCGUUUACAUGCCAUCCCAGAGACCCAGUGCAGUGCAGGUUUCCCUUCACUAUUACGUUGUGAUAUGAUAUUGCAAUAUCUUGCACAUACAAGAGGAUGGGGGAAGAUGGGCACACAGAAAUCCAUUUCUUUACAAAUUGCCCUUACUGGCUCUGGAUUGCUCAUGUUUACAGCGAGAUACAGAACAAGAUCUACCUUUUCAAACUGACCAGUGAGAGAAUAAAUUGUCGUUUGUGAUUUUCCUACUGUCUUAUAGAACCUGACUUGUGAAUCUGAAGUUUACAAUAUUAAACAAAAAGAGAGAGGAUAAAGAGCAAGUGUGAACAUCCUCCCCUGAGAAAUGGCUUAUUGGCUCUAGAAUGUAAUUCUGUCUCGUAAAACAAAAAACAAAAAAAACAGCAUCUUGCUUUUAUGAACGUUUCAGUGCUUAUAAUAUUAUGACUGAAUUUUAUUUUGGAAAUUUUAGCUCUUUUUAUAGCCUUUUGUUUUCAAUGUUAUGCUAAAAGAUAAUCCGAAUGCAAAUUUUGGAUUUUGUUUUAAUUUGAAAGGAAAAAAUGGAACACCUUGCAGAUGCGUCACAAUGUAGUCCAUGCUAGACACUCUAAAGGCAGAGAUUCUGGGGGGGAGAACAGGUGUAAAUAGUCUGACAUAUUCGGUGCAUGGUUGUUUAAACAGGGCUUGUUUUUGUCAAAAAGAAGGCUGUAUUUUCUCCUCCCUCCCCCUUCCUACCCCCUCAACCACAGACCUUAGAGCUGUGCCUUUUCUAUGCAAUAUUACAGACAUAUACAUCUGAAACCAGAUUACUGUAUUCACUUGUAGGUAUGGGCUGUAAUUAAAAAAAAAAACAGUUGGGCAAAUUACAUGGAAAUGAGCAGUCUUACUUUUGUAGUUUUAUAUUAUACAAUAAACAGUUUAAAAAGCA